CCCAGUUACCCACUACCCCCUCCCCCUCCAAAGAGGAAAGAGAAAAAAAGAAAGAAAGAAAAAAAGAAAGAAAGAAAGUUACGGGUCCUACAUUUUGAUUUCCUUUUAUGAGACCAAGAAAGUCACAUCUACAGUUGAAGGCACUGAGAAGGAAAGACAGAAUCUUGGGUUCCCAUUGGGAGUUGCAAGUAUAAAUCAGCAGUGGCUCACUCUCCCCUGUUUCAGUUUUGAAGGAGAUCCAUGCUAAAUGUGGUAAAGGGGUUGUCUUUCAUGGGGCUCUGAUCUUGAAAACUGAGCAACAAUGGUAUGGGUCAAAAGGAUUUUGAGGAAAAAGCUCUGCUUUUGGUCUCAAGGUUAGACAAUACUUUCUGGGUUUUCUUUUGUGGGUGGAAAGUAGAAGAGUGAAGACAGCUUUUGGUGGCACUGAGAAGAACCCAGUUCAAUUCUUCUCAGGCUGGGGCUCCAAGGAAGAUCAUUGAAGCAGAGAGGGAUUUGGUUGGAGUGGAUUUGGUGUGCUGUUGUAUCCUGGUUCUGUUAAACAAUCAAGGGGCAAGAGUUUCGACUCUUCCCUGGUUGGAGUCUUUUUACUGGCCUUAGACAAAGAUACUUCGGCGUGCAUUUGAAAUUAAGAUUUACAGUAUCAGAGUAGUUCAGAAUGGCCAAAGAUGCACAAGAAAUGCGAUCUUUGGCCUUGACACCAACAUGGUCUGUUGCUACUGUGUUGACAAUUUUUGUGGCUGUUUCUCUGCUUGUGGAGCGCAGCAUUCAUCGGUUAAGCCAUUGGUUGCGGAAAACUAAUCGUAAGCCCUUGCUUGAAGCUGUGGAGAAAAUGAAGGAAGAGUUGAUGCUGCUUGGAUUUAUCUCUCUUCUUUUGACGGCUACCUCAAGCACGAUAGCCAAUAUUUGCAUUCCAUCAAAAUUCUAUGAUAGCAAGUUUUCUCCAUGUACAAGAAAAGAGAUUGAUGAAGAAAAUGAAACUAAGACGUCUGAGGAACGCAAACUAUUGAUGUUUACUGUUCUGCCUCAUACGUUUAGGAGAAUGUUAAAUGGCUUGAAUGCUAAUACCUGCAAAAAGGGUUAUGAGCCAUUCGUUUCAUAUCAAGGUCUUGAGCAGUUGCACCGCUUCAUCUUUGUCAUGGCAAUAACACAUGUAUCCUACAGCUGCUUAACGAUGUUGCUGGCAAUAGUGAAGAUUCAUGGUUGGAGAGCAUGGGAGGAUGCCGCUCACAUGGACAGGCAUGAUUCAUUGACUGAAAUCACACGGCAGAUGACAAUGCGAAGGCAGUCUACCUUUGUAAAUACAUCAAAUCCACUGGCCAGGAAUAGUUUUUUAAUCUGGGUGAUAUGCUUCUUCAGGCAAUUCGGGCAUUCAGUGGUUCGUGCUGACUACUUAACACUCCGCAAGGGUUUCAUCAUGAAUCACAACCUUCCACCAAAGUAUGAUUUUCACAGCUAUAUGAUUCGAUCUAUGGAAGAGGAAUUCCAAAGAAUAGUUGGUGUGAGCGCUCCACUCUGGGGAUUUGUCGUUGCUUUCAUGCUGUUUAAUGUACAAGGGUCUAAUCUUUAUUUCUGGAUUGCAAUCAUUCCAAUUACUCUAGUCCUUCUUGUGGGAAUGAAGUUGCAGCAUGUUAUUGCAACCCUUGCUUUGGAGAAUGCUGGUAUAUCUGGAUCCUAUCCAGGAGCAAAGCUGAGGCCUCGAGACGAUCUUUUCUGGUUCAAGAAGCCAGAACUUCUGUUGUCCUUGAUACAUUUUUGUUUGUUCCAGAAUGCGUUUGAGUUGGCUUCAUUCUUUUGGUUUUGGUGGCAGUUUGGGUAUAGUUCUUGCUUCAUUCGGAAUCAUACACUUGUGUAUUUGAGGCUGAUUUUAGGGUUUGCUGGGCAAUUCCUGUGCAGCUACAGCACCUUGCCACUGUAUGCCUUGGUUACUCAGAUGGGAACAAAUUAUAAGGCCGCACUAAUCCCACAAAGGAUAAGAGAAACCAUACAUGGGUGGAAAAAAGCAGCUAGGAGGAAAAGAAGGCUAGGCACAUACAAUGACGAUUCAACCAUACACACAUGCACAGACACAAGCACAGUAGUGUCGGUUGAGGAAGAUGAUCGUGAUUUUUUCGAUGGCCCAGCAACUGAUGCCAAUACACAUAAUGGAGUUGAGUUGCAACCAGUUUCUAGUGUGAUGACCAGUCCUUGCCCAGUUGCUAACGAAACAUCAAGUAGGGCAGGUACACCCCUUCUUCGUCCAUCGGCGUCUGUUUCUGCAUCAGUAGUAUUGAAUUUUCAACCAGAAACUGUUCCAAGAUCUGCAUCAAUGAAGUAGCAAUGGAAUGAUGAUGAUGAUGAAGAAUAGUAGAAUACUAGGAAGAGAAAUGUGUAGAUUUUACUCCCCGCUGUAUGCAAUUUGAAAAAUAGUGAUGAGGGUUAAAGACCAUAGAAUACCUACUGGAUGGUAACGUGUUACACGAUAUUGCUGAACAUAGAGUAGAAACAUGUGAUGUAAUAGUUGACUAAAUGUCAGAACACAAAUACUACUGAUCGAUGUUGUGAAUUAGUUUAAUUACAGAGUAUUAGAGCAGUGUGAUUUAAAAAAAGAAGAAAAAGUUGGAAGAA